AUGCACCUGGCCCCCACCACUGUGCUCCUGUGGGCAUGGGGGAGUCUCCAGGCCUUCGAAAUUGUGGAGAAAGAAAACAUUUUUCAGAAGACCCCCUGCCCUGCUUUCCUGAUGUUUGAAAAUGCGGCCUACCUGGCCGACAUGAGCUUUGAGCUUCCCUGUCACUGCAAACCCGAAAAGAUGACAGCUGUAGUCUGGUUCUACCAAAAGCACCUAGGUAGCAGCCACACCAAAGUGCUGACGGACUUUGAUGGGCGGGUGCUGACAGAGGCAGCCCAGGUACGUGUGGGCAGCGACAUGCUGACCCGCUUCAGCAUCCGCAUGUUCAGCCUGUUGGUUUUCAGGGCUCAGCCUGAGGACUCAGGCCUGUACUUCUGCGGCACCCGCAAGGGGGACUACUUUUACGCCUACGAUGUGGACAUCCAGAACAGUGAGGGAAUGGUGGCCACUUUCCAGGACGAGGGCCAGGAGCCCUUCGCAGAUGAAUACUAUGGGCACCUCCAUGUCUUCACCACCUUCUGGGAAUGGACCCCCUGUGACCGCUGCGGGGUACGUGGGGAGCAGUGGCGCAUUGGCCUCUGCUACCUGCAGAGCCCAGACCUCUCCCCACGCUACCUCAAGGCGGUGCCCGAUGUGGUGUCUUGUGGCUCAAGGGCUGUGCCAAGGAAGCUGUGGACCAAGGCCAGGGACCACACGCCUGAGGUGCUGGUUCGGAGCUGCUUAGUACCCUGUGAGAAGACGAAGACCAUCCGGGAGGGCGUGCUGGCCAUCGUUAACUAUGUGUCCAAAGUGGGCAGCCGGCCCUGGGUGCCCCAGGUGCCCAUUCAGUUCCACCAGCAGAGACUGGGCCAUGGCCUCAUCAUCUCCUGUCCUGGGGCCCGGCCAGAGCAUGCAGUGGCCUGGGACAAAGACCGCCAGCACCUCUACCGCACACAGUACCUGAAGGGUGUCAACAGGUCCAUGAGGGUGUUCAUUGACCACGGCAACCAGCUCCACAUCCGCUUCACCCAGCUGGAUGACCGGGGCAUCUACUAUUGCUGGAGGCAGGGUGUGCGAGUUGCUGGUUUCCGGCUGGGUGUGACAUCUCGUGGGCGCUACCCAGCCUCGUUCUCGGAUCCUGAGACUCGCUCUGCUGUGGAGCUCACCCUGAUAGGCUACCUGCUCAUCACGGCAGUCUUUGUCACCAUUCACCUCUGUCGUUGCUGCUGCUACUUAUUUCACUGUUGUCCUAACUUCUCCCCCUAGGAUCUCUCUUCAGCUCUGAAGACCAGUUGUCCUUCAAUGUGUUUGUUAAAUGAUACCAGAUGUCUCUGGGUGGGUACCCUGGGUUGGGACGUGUGAUAGGAACAUGUGGACAAAUCUGUUAGUUACAGCUUGUUCCCCAUUUUCAUGGGCAGGUCUGGGACCUGAUUUGAGAAGUGGAGGGGCCUGAGGCUGGUGGGAGAUUGGGGACUGAGGUCAGGAGUAGGGCACACAUGUUUCCUGACUUCACACUUAGGUCAGAGAAGGAAGGCGUGAACUCAGAUUUAGCCAAUGGUAAACACUGAUCAGUGAU